GUGAUCAAAAGAUGGACUUGGAAAAGUUGCGUCACAUGAAUCAAGAGCUCCUUCGGAAGCUGAAAGCGAAUCAAGAAGAAUUCAAGAGCCGGGUUCAAAUCAAGCUGACUUCCCAACCGCCGCGAUCAGAAAAAGCCAUUCCUGAGAGCAGGUGGCUCUCAGAUCCCAAGCGGGGGGAAGUGACCCAAGACCGGUUUCCCAAAGCCGUGACGGAUGCCGCGAUGCCCGGAUCUGUGGAGGAGGGUCUCUGGAACGGCUGCCUGGGCUUCGACUCCUCCACCGAAUCCAGGCACCAGUGCGAGGUGUACCAUCAGGAGUACUUGCAACCCAGCAUCCCCAAGGAGGAAGUGAUUAUUGAGCCAUCGUUAGAAGCUGCCAAGUUGGCCGGAGGGUCCUACAAGAUGGUGAACAGCGGCAGAGGCCCGAGGGCGCGGUCUGCGUCCACGAUUCGGGCCGAGGCAAAACAGCAUCGUGGUCUUGGCCUCAACGUCUCGGAGCGGGAAGGGCCAAGGACUGGAGAGGAGCCGGACGAAAUGUGGGCCGCAGAGAGCGGCCGACCAACAGUCUCUGCACGGAUGCCCCCGACGCCCAAAUCCAUCCUGCUCACUCCGCAGAACAAACAGAAAACCAAGAAGGAAGCCGGCCAUGUGACGUUUAUGUCCGACCCCGAGGAAUAUACGAUUCCGGCAGGUGGCUGGUCGAUCCGCCCUUUCCUGGGAUACGACUGGAUUGCAGGACUUCUGGACAUGGAUUCUUCCGUGUCGGAAAAACCAGAAGAAUACUUUUCCGAACUGCAGGAUUUCCGGCGAGUGAACAAAGAUGCUUGCAUCUCUGAUGGAGACUUGGGGUUGGAGGGGCUGGGCGCCUCCCUUGGCGAUCGUGAAUCCGACGCGGACGCAGCUUCCCACCGGUGUGUCUUCUGCUACCGGCUAAACAAACGCCUUUUCGCGACGCCUCUGGAUCCAGAGUCUGCUUGUCCCGUCUGCAAAACUCCCCGAGUCCGGCGACCCCCAGAGACUCUGGUAGAACCAGCCUUUGUCAGGGUCAGCAUUCCAAGAUCUACGCUCCUUCCUGCCUACAAGCACAAAAUCCAUCGCAGGAAAAGCUACGAGCCGGCAGACAACCUGGCGUUGCCUUCGCACUGUCUGGCCGGCUGGGAGAACCCGCUCCCGGCCUCCGGCCCCACGCUCAGCAGCCUCGACCUCCGCGCCUCAGUGGAGCCCGCGCCCGCCGUCCGUCCCGGCCAGAAUUUCGGCUCCAGGGUAUCGGGCGGAAGUAAGACCGACCGCCUCCUCGACCUCUCCCGCGGGGCGGGAUUCGAACUCGGGACCCUCGCCUGGCAAAGGAGCGGCUCCAAGCUGCCGUGCAGCGGAGCGGCUUUGAAGUGAACGCGUUUUCACCUUUGGCUGAAUUGAGCGCUCUCCGGCUGCGCGUUACGGAUCGUCGGGACCUCUGCAAACGAGAGAGAGAGAGAGAGAGAGAGAGAGAGAAAGCUAUCUAAACAUGCAUUAUUCUAUCUAAACACGCAUAGGACCCUACGCUUAGUUGGCACAGCGUUGCGUGGUUCAAGAAAUUGUGUGUGUGUAUGAAAGAGAGAGAAGGAUUCAUUUUUUUCAUGUUUAAAAAUCC